AUGUCGCCUACACGAGAAUCCGUCCAUGUUGCGAACAAGGCGUGGGCGCUGUUCGACGACGACGACGUCGACGCAGAUGUCUAUCUGACUAUGUCCGAAUGUAAAGAUGACAUACGUAUGAUAAGCUUUUCAAGUCCGUCAAAGCAACCAGGAGUGGUGUAUCCGGGUAAAUUGUCAGAUACUUCUUCUUUACCUCUACAUCUUUGUCAGAACCUGAUGGCUAUUCCUGCCAUUCGGUUAGGUUCAAUGAAAAUCUCAAUCGGGCAUGCCAACUUAGAAAAGGAAGUACCUGCAGAUCAAUUCUGUGUCGGUAACGGAAACAUGAGGAACUGGAAAGCAACGGGGAGGGUUCGAGCAAUGGCUAAAUAG